AUGCCGCUCGACACGUCCACCUACAACCUCGCGCUCCUUCGCGUUGAUGGGCGGAGAUGGAACGAGCUGCGCCGCGUGAACGCGCAAAUCCGCACGCAAGCCGCCGCCGACGGCUCCAGCUACCUCGAGAUGGGCCACACCAAAGUGAUGUGCGUGGUGACCGGGCCGAGUGAGCCCGGGCCUCGCCGCGGUGGGGUCGGAGGAGCGGGAGGCGGGGGUGGGGGCGGCGGCGGCGCAGGCGGCAAGGCAGAGAUUGUUGUCGGCAUCGUCAUCGCGGGGUUCAGUUCCGUGGACCGGAAGCGGCACGGACGAGGUGACAAACGAACCCUCGAGCUGGCCUCGACCGUCGCCAACGCGCUGGCCGCCAGCCUGCACACGCACCUCUUCCCGCACAGCCAGAUCAACGUGUCGCUGCACGUGCUCUCGCAGGACGGCUCGCUCCUCGCGGCGCUGAUCAACGCGGCGACGCUGGCGUGCGUGGACGCGGGGAUCCCCAUGACCGACUACGUGGCGGCGUGCACCGCGGGGUCCACCUCGACGUACGCGGCCAACGACGAAGGCGCUGAUCCGCUGCUGGACCUGAAUCAUCAGGAGGAGCAGGAACUGCCUGGGUUGACAGUGGCGACGCUGGGGGAGAGUGAUCGCGUGGCGGUGCUGGUGUGUGAGAGUAGGGUGCAGGUGAGCCGGUUGGAGGGGAUGUUGGCGGUGGGGGUGGACGGGUGCAAGCAGAUGAGGGAGAUAUUGGAUCGGGUGGUUCGGGAUAAGGGGCGGCGGAUGAUACAGGAGGGGACGGUGGAGAAGGGGGUUGGGUUGGAUGAUAUGGAGGUGGACUGA